GUGCCGUAAAGGAAACACCCAUAAAUAAUGUGAAAAUUCAUCUAAUAAAAUCAUGUAAAAUUUAAAACCAGUAAUACUUGGUACAUGAGAUUGCCAUAAGUCUGAAUGUAAAAGCUGAAAAGGAAAAGUAGAGACACGACUAGAUGAUGAAAAAGGGAGGCGCAAAUGCUUUCCCAACUGACAUGCAUGACAUAAAGUAUGUUGAUAAUUCUUAAAAUGAGAAAUAUAAGGGACGCCAUGGAGGACAGCUGGACUUGGGUAGCCAAGGCGCCUGUGCCAUCUGUCGGGAUAGGUUCGUUGCCUCGAGCGGCUUUGUUGUCUGUGACCUCUACCCCAAGACCCGUUGCCUCGCCCGCCGCCGCAUCCAUAGCCGUUGCGCUGUUCGGAGGAGCCGCCCUCACUGUAGCUGCUACUGUGCUGGGGCCCGCCGCCAUGGAAGGUGUCGCCGCCACUGCCGUCGUGCUGGGAGCCGCCGCUGGAUGGUUGUCGUCCGCCACCGGGAAUGCCGGACCGACCGACAAGGAGGGCCGUGCUGCUCGUGUCGGCCAUGGGAAAGCGUUGCCAGUCUAGUAACAUUAGGGCGGAGAAAAAGACGACUCUACUUUUUGUAGUUUAGUUGAGAGAGGCUGAGAAGAACGGGAACAUGAAGUUUGACAUUAUAGAUCGUCGUAAAAGCAAGGUGGGAGGUUUUGCUGGGAUGGUGUGGGAGGUGACCUCACUGUCGGCCAUUGGAGAGGAGAAGGAGAAGUGUAGGUGGCCGUAGGGAAGCCGCUGCCUGACGCCGGCGAAGGGGGUGAGGCGGUUGGCGCGCCGCUGGAACAGCCGAGAGAGAGAACCGAGAGGUAGGGUUAGGGUUUGAUUUUUUUUGUUUAAUUAGGCUCCGAUACCAUGAAGAAUAAUGGUUUUCCUUGAUU